AUGGCCGAACGAAAGGUCACUUCUAAGUAUUUUCCCCCUGACUUUGACCCUCGCGCCAUCGAGGGCAGGGUCAAGAAACCCAAGACUCAUGGCCUCAAGUCGAUUCCUAUUCGCCUCAUGGCGCCUUUCUCUAUGAAAUGCACCAACUGUGGCGAAUACAUCUACAAGGGUCGCAAGUUCAACGCCCGCAAGGAGACCACCGACGAAAAGUAUCUUGGUAUUACCUUGUUCCGUUUCUACAUCAAAUGUACCGACUGCAAGCACGAGAUCAUCUUCCGCACUGACCCCAAGAACAAAGACUACAAGUGCGAGAAGGGUGCCCAGCGCAACUAUGAGGCCUGGCGCGACAAUGAUGAAGACAAGUACAAGGAUGAGACUCAGGAAGAGACUCUCGCGCGUCUCGAACGUGAACUCGGUGAAGAGGAAGCUCAGCAGGAGCGUGACAAGAUGGCGGAACUCGAGGACAAAAUGAAGGAGAGCAAGCGUGAGAUGCAGGUCGCUGACGCUCUCGACGAAAUCCGCACCCGCAACGCCCGCAUCGAGCGCAACGAGGCCACCGGUGCCAAGGCUGCUAUUGGCGAGCCUGUCUCCGCCAUUGACGAUGAGAACGCGCGCUUUGAGGCGGAGAUUGCUGAGAUUGCUCGCAAGCGUUUCCGAGAUGCGGAUGGCAAUCCCAAACCGCGCCCUUCUGGAACGUACCAAGGAGUCAUCUCCAAGGAGCAAUUGCUCAAGAACCUGAAAGAACGACUGGGAAUCGACAGCUUGGACGACGCUCCCCGCGAUGAAAAUGGCGAUAUCAUCAUCCCCUCCACCGACGAGGAGCAGGCGAAAGCUUCUGAGAGACUCAAAGAGGAAGACAAGGAGGAGCUACAGGAGCUGCGAAUCAAGGCCAAAAACCCCGACUUGUUCAAGGGCCUCGAAGACUUCAUGGAUAUGGACAAGAAACGCAUCAGCCAAAUGAUCAAGGAGAAGAAGCGGAAGAGGGCCGAGCGCAGGCUCGAGAGGGCCGUUCACCAGGCGGCCCUUGACAAGAGGACCUCUGAAAAGGCCUCGGACAAGAAGCCCUCUGAGUAG